AUGAAUCAUAUGACAGCUGCAGAAAUGGUAAAAGAACUAGAAACACUAGUAGAAGAAAAUGAAAUUACUAUAGAAGAGGAAGCGACUACUGAAAGGUGUAGUAAUUCUGAAAAGAGUAGUAAAUUAUAUAGAACUGCUAGAGAGGUUAUUGUAGAAAUCAUACAAGAUAGUAACAACAAUAUAACUCAA